AUGGUCUACACUGCUCAGGCUUCCGGUUGCUCUGCAGUGGAACUGUCUAAAGCUGGCCCUGGGUUGCGUGCACUUGCCAGAUCUAAGCUGCUCGGGUACUCCGCAAAGGCACAGACUCGGUUGGGCCUGCGUUUUAUGCCUUUCCCAGGUCCUAGCAGCUCAGGUGACCGAGUGCUUGGCGAGCACACUCUCCGCAGAAAUGAGGACAGGCUGCGUCUGGUCGCCUUCCACCUGGGGCUCCUCUUCGUGUGGCUCUGCCAGCGCUUCUCCCGCGCCCUCAUGGCCGCCAAGAGGAGCUCCGGGGCCGCGCCGGCCUCGGCCUCGCCCCCGGCACCGGUGCCAGGCGGGGAGGCCGAGCGCGUCCGAGCGUUCCACAAACAGGCCUUCGAGUACAUCUCCGUCGCGCUGCACAUCGAUGAGGACGAGUAAGUAGGACAAAAGGACCAAGCUGUGGAAUGGUAUAAGAAAGGUAUUGAAGAACUAGAAAAAGGAAUAGCUGUCGUAGUUACAGGACAAGGCGAACAGUGUGAAAGAGCUAGACGCCUUCAAGCUAAAAUGAUGACUAAUUUAGUUAUGGCCAAGGACCGUUUACAACUAUUAGAGAAGCUGCAACCAAGUUUGCAAUUUUCCAAGUCACAAACGGACAUCUAUAAUGACAGUACUAACUUGACAUGCCGUAAUGGACAUCUCCAGUCAGAAAGUGGAGCUGUUCCAAAAAGAAAAGAUCCGUUAACACAUGCUAGUAAUUCACUGCCUCGUUCAAAAACAGUUAUGAAAACUGGACCCACAGGUCUUUCAGGCCACCAUAGAGCACCUAGUUGCAGUGGUUUAUCCAUGGUUUCUGGAGUGAGACGAGGACCUGGUUCUGCAGCUGCCAUGCAUAAGAGUACACCAAAAACAAGUAGAACAAAUAAACCUUCUACCCCUACAACUGCUGCUCGUAAAAAGAAAGACUUGAAGAAUUUUAGGAAUGUGGACAGCAACCUUGCUAACCUUAUAAUGAAUGAAAUUGUGGACAAUGGAACAGCUGUUAAAUUUGAUGAUAUAGCUGGUCAAGAGCUGGCAAAACAAGCAUUGCAAGAAAUUGUUAUUCUUCCUUCUCUGAGGCCUGAGUUGUUCAUAGGGCUUAGGGCUCCUGCCAGAGGCUUGUUACUCUUUGGUCCACCUGGAAAUGGGAAAACAAUGCUGGCUAAAGCAGUAGCUGCAGAAUUUAAUGCAACCUUGUUUAAUAUAAGUGCUGCAAGUUUAACUUCAAAAUAUGUGGGAGAAGGAGAGAAAUUGGUGAGAGUUCUUUUUGCCGUGGCUCGAGAACUUCAACCUUCCAUAAUUUUUAUAGAUGAAGUUGAUAGCCUUUUGUGUGAAAGAAGAGAAGGAGAACAUGAUGCUAGCAGACGUCUAAAAACUGAAUUUCUAAUAGAAUUUGAUGGUGUACAGUCUGCUGGAGAUGACAGAGUGCUUGUAAUGGGUGCAACUAACAGGCCACAAGAGCUUGAUGAAGCUGUCCUCAGGCGUUUUACCAAACGUUAUGUGUCUUUGCCAAAUGAGGAGACACGACUGCUUUUAUUAAAAAAUCUAUUAUGUAAACAAGGAAGCCCAUUGACCCAAAAAGAACUAGCUCAACUUGCUAGAAUGACCGAUGGAUACUCAGGCAGUGACCUAACAGCUUUGGCAAAGGAUGCAGCACUGGGUCCUAUCAGAGAACUGAAACCAGAACAAGUGAAGAAUAUGUCUGCCAGUGAGACGAGAAAUAUUCGAUUAUCUGACUUCACCGAAUCCUUAAAAAAGAUAAAACGCAGUGUGAGCCCUCAAACCUUAGAAGCAUACAUACGUUGGAACAAGGACUUUGGAGAUACCACUGUGUAAGCCUGCAGAAUGUUUACUUUUCAAGAGAAAAACAUAACAUCUUCGAUGAAUAGUUUUAUCAGCUACGGAAAGUCAGCCUAAGUUUACAGGACUUUUCAGAGUCUUACAAUUACUUGUGCACGCAGAAGAUGAACCAUAAAAUAAAUUUAAAUAAAGUAUACAAUGCAAAUGGAAAA